AUGGGCUCUGUCUCUGAUGCCAAAGGACCUAGCAGCAAGGCAGUCGUCCACAGCCUUCAUUGCCAAACGGACGACUCAACGAAUCGGCUGCUUCGACGCUUUUGGGAGCUCGAAGAGCUACAGCCCCCGUUAUCACCGGAGGACCGAGAAUGUGAGCGGCACUUUCGAGAGACGCACUAUCGGGACGAAACAGGCCGCUACUCGGUGCACCUACCUUUCAAAUUGGAUCCAAGCCUCGCCCUGAAGCCCAGCAGAUCGACGGCGCUAAAGCUGCUGCUUAGCUGUGAGCGCAAGUUGGCGUCCAACGAAGCCUGGCGAGACAAGUACUCGCAGUUCAUAGACGAGUACGCAGCCUUGGGUCACAUGCAGGCGCUACCGGAAUCUGCGGUUCAGGAUGCAGCCUACUAUCUACCGCACCAUGCUGUGGCGAAGCGAUACGACCCUACCGGCAAAAUCAGGGUCGUCUUCAAUGCCUCCUUUCGCACCGCCGCGGGAUCCUCUCUCAACGACUGUCUGCUGCCUGGACCGAAACUGCAGUCAGACCUCUGGAUGAUUCUAACACGAUGGUGCCUAUUUCGAGUAGUAUUUACCUCGGAUAUUGUUAAAAUGUUUCGGCAGAUUCGAGUAGACCCGGCGGACGUGGACUGGACCAGGAUACUUUGGCGCUCCAGACCCGAUGAACCUGUACAGGACUUCAGGCUCAAGACCGUCACCUAUGGCACAGCCUGCGCGCCCUUCCUUGCGCUGCGGAUGACAUCCUUGCCGGAGCCGACGACGAGGAAGCAGCUCUGGAAUUACGACGACAGGUCAUCUCCAUCCUGCAAUCGGGAGGCUUCGAUCUGA